GGCAGAGAGAUGAAGAGAGUCAGAUUAGUGAAGCGAAGCUUAAAAAGAAGCUGAAUUCGCCUCCCCGAUCGCUGCAUGUCUGGAUUUAUCCUUUUUUCUUCAUACUUUUUUAACUUCAUUUGGAGGUUAAUUAAUUAAUUAAUUGAUCGAUGAAUCGGAAAAUUUAGCUGCAGCUGCAUCAGAAGAAAGGUGGAUUAAUUUUGAGGUGCAUUUGUCAGUGAAAUGUGGACAAGUUGUUGGUGACUCGGAAUAAAGCAGCUGAUGAGGGUCGAACCGGCAGGAAACUGAUGAAAGCUCGGAUCGACUGACGAUGAUCAUCGGUGUGUGGCGCUGAGGAUCAGCGAAGAUGUACGAGGAGAACCACCGAAGUUCUGGUCGUAAUGGCUACGCCAAAGCUGUGGAUGGGGAGGAAGGAGGGGGCGAGGGUGAGGAAGAGGAGGAGGGAGGAGAAGUGGAUGGAAGAGGGGACAGAGAAGAAGGAGGAGGUGAGGAGAGUAAUGCCGAGUGGGAUCAAGAGCUGGAUGGAGAGGAUGAAGGAGGUGUGAGGAUGACAAGAACAGACACGCUUCACUCGACCACAAGUUCAACGGGAACGCAGAGAAAAAGAGGACAACACGCUAAGAAACAGGUGCAGGGCACUAAUCAGGUCCAGCGAGCUCCCCGGGCAUUAUACUGUCUGAAACUCAACAACCCAAUCAGACGGGCUGCGCUCCAUAUUGUCGAGUGGAAGCCAUUUGACAUCUUCAUCCUGUUGGCCAUCUUUGCAAACUGUGUCGCCCUGGGAGUUUCCAAACCAUUUCCUGAGGAUGACUCCAACUCCACCAACCAUGAUCUGGAACAAGUAGAGUAUGUCUUCCUCAUCAUCUUCACCGUGGAGACCUUCCUAAAGAUUCUGGCCUACGGUCUGGUGAUGCACCCCAGCUCCUACAUCCGCAACGGCUGGAACUUGCUCGACUUUGUCAUCGUCAUAGUUGGCUUGUUCAGUGUUGUCCUGGAGACAAUGACUCAUAAGUCAAGUGGCGAGCAAGCAACAACCCAUCACAUGCCUGGGAAACCUGGAGGUCUGGAUGUCAAAGCUCUAAGAGCCUUCAGAGUCCUGCGGCCCCUCAGACUGGUUUCUGGAGUCCCCAGUCUGCAGAUUGUGUUGAACUCCAUCAUGAAGGCGAUGGUUCCUUUGCUUCAUAUUGCUCUGCUGGUUCUCUUCGUCAUCAUCAUCUAUGCCAUCAUCGGUCUGGAGCUCUUCAUCGGACGCAUGCACAGGACCUGCUACUAUAUAGGAACAGAUAAUUAUGUGGAGGAUGACCCGGUGCCGUGUGCGUUUGCUGGUCAUGGCCGUCAGUGCAUCAUAAAUGGCUCAGAGUGUCGGGGAAGGUGGGAUGGUCCCAAUGGAGGAAUCACAAAUUUCGACAACUUCUUCUUCGCCAUGUUGACCGUGUUCCAGUGCAUCACCAUGGAGGGAUGGACUGACGUGCUGUACUGGAUGAACGAUGCCAUUGGGUUUGAGCUGCCGUGGGUGUAUUUUGUUAGCUUGGUGAUUUUUGGCUCCUUCUUUGUUCUCAACCUCGUUCUGGGAGUCCUCAGCGGAGAGUUCAGUAAGGAGAGGGAGAAGGCAAAGGCUCGUGGUGAUUUCCAGAAGCUGCGAGAGAAGCAGCAGAUGGAGGAGGAUCUGUGUGGGUACAUGGACUGGAUCACUCAGGCUGAGGACAUGGAUGAACUGGACGAGGAUGGAAACCCACGGCCGUCUCUGGGCGAUCUGGCCGAUAAGAAGAGAGGGAAGUUUGGAUGGUUCAGUCACUCCAACGAAACUCAUGCGAGUCUUCCUGCCAGUGAAACGGCGUCUGAAAACACAGAGAACAUCGAUGAGGAACACACCAACUGCUGCCAGGCCUGCUGUGCUCAGAUGAUGAAGAUCGGCUGCUGUCGGACGUUACGUCGCUGGAAUCGAGUCUGUCGUAGAAACUGUCGCACUGCCGUCAAAUCCGUAACUUUCUAUUGGCUGGUUUUGCUGCUGGUCUUCCUCAACACCUCCCUCAGCGCCUCCGAGCACUAUAACCAACCAGACUGGCUGACUCAAGUCCAGGACAUUGCCAACAAGGUGCUGCUGUCUCUCUUUACGGUGGAGAUGUUGCUGAAGAUGUACAGUUUGGGUCUGGCCCAUUACUUUGUGGCGUUCUUUAAUCGUUUCGACUGCUUCGUGGUGUGCGGUGGCAUCGUGGAGACCAUCCUGGUGGAGCUGGAGAUCAUGCCUCCUCUGGGGAUCUCUGUGCUGCGCUGCGUCCGUCUGCUGCGGAUCUUCAAGGUGACACGGCAUUGGACGGCUCUGUCCAACCUGGUGGCAUCGCUGCUGAACUCCAUGAAGUCCAUCGCCUCGCUGCUGCUCCUUCUUUUCCUCUUCCUCAUCAUCUUCGCCCUGCUCGGCAUGCAGCUGUUCGGAGGAAAGUUCAACUUUGAUGAAACGCAGACCAAACGCAGCACAUUUGACGCUUUCCCGCAGGCACUGCUCACCUGUUUCCAGAUCCUGACAGGUGAGGACUGGAACAUGGUCAUGUAUGAUGGCAUCAUGGCGUACGGCGGCCCCGUGUUUCCCGGGAUGAUCGUCUGUAUUUACUUUGUCAUCCUCUUCAUCUGUGGUAACUACAUCCUGCUGAACGUCUUCUUGGCUAUCGCCGUGGACAACCUGGCAGGAGGAGACAGUGAUGACAAGAAAAAAGAUAAGAAGCAGGAGGGAGCAGAGGAGGAAGUUACAGAAGGAGAAGUGAAGGUCGAUGUUGAUGAAGACACUGAGUAUGAAGAGGAAGAGGAGCUUCCUGAAGGAGAUGAAGACGGAGGAGUCCAGUUAAAGAUGGCCGAUCUUGCUCCUCCUAAAGAGAAGGUUCUCCCGAUCCCAGAAGGAAGCGCCUUCUUCUGCCUCAGCAAGACAAACCCUAUCCGUGUGGCCUGCCACACUCUGAUCCACCACCACAUCUUCACCAACCUCAUCCUCGUCUUCAUUAUCCUCAGCAGCUGCUCAUUGGCUGCCGAGGAUCCGAUCAGAGCCCACUCCUUCAGGAACAAUAUUCUGGGCUAUGCAGACUACGCCUUUACCUCCAUCUUCACUGUGGAGAUUCUGUUAAAGAUGACGGUCCACGGAGCGUUCCUCCAUCAGGGCUCGUUCUGCAGGAACUGGUUUAACUUGUUGGAUCUCCUGGUCGUCAGCGUCUCUUUGGUCUCCUUCUUCCUGCAUUCCAGUGCCAUCUCAGUGGUAAAAAUCCUCAGGGUCCUCAGGGUGCUCCGACCUCUGAGGGCCAUCAACAGGGCCAAAGGACUCAAGCAUGUGGUCCAGUGUGUGUUUGUGGCCAUCAGGACCAUCGGAAACAUCAUGAUUGUCACAACCCUGCUGCAGUUCAUGUUCGCCUGUAUUGGAGUCCAGCUCUUCAAAGGUAAAUUUUACCGCUGCACCGACGAAGCCAAGCACACCCCCGAACAGUGCAAAGGGACCUUCGUGGUGUACAAAGAUGGAGACGUGAGCCAUCCGAUGGUCAGGGAGAGGAUCUGGAUGAACAGUGACUUUAACUUUGAUAACGUCUUGAUGGGGAUGAUGGCGCUCUUCACCGUGUCCACCUUUGAGGGCUGGCCUGCUCUGCUCUACAAAGCCAUCGACGCCAACGGCGAGAACUCUGGUCCCAUCUACAACUACCGGGUGGAGAUUUCCAUCUUCUUCAUCGUCUAUAUCAUCAUCAUCGCCUUCUUCAUGAUGAACAUCUUUGUGGGUUUUGUCAUCAUCACCUUCAGAGAACAGGGAGAGCAAGAAUAUAAGAACUGUGAGCUGGACAAGAACCAGCGUCAGUGUGUGGAGUACGCUCUGAAGGCUCAGCCGCUGAAGCUUUACAUCCCGAAGAAUCCGGUUCAGUAUAAGUUCUGGUCCAUCAUCAACUCGACAGGAUUUGAAUACGUCAUGUUCGUCCUGAUUCUUCUCAACACCGUCACUCUGGCCAUUCAGCACUAUGAACAGUCCAAAACCUUCAGCUACAUCAUGGACAUCCUCAACAUGGUGUUCACUGGACUCUUCACUUUGGAGAUGCUGCUCAAGCUGGCAGCUCUCAGAAUAAGGCAUUACUUUGUUGACGCCUGGAACUCGUUUGAUGCUCUGAUUGUGGUCGGCAGUGUGGUCGACAUCGUUGUCACGGAGUUCAGCAGUGGAGAGGACAGCUCCAGGGUGUCUAUCACCUUCUUCCGCCUGUUUCGAGUGAUGCGAUUGGUCAAGCUGCUGAGUAAAGGGGAGGGCAUUCGUACACUCCUGUGGACUUUCAUCAAAUCGCUGCAGGCUCUGCCGUACGUUGCUCUGCUUAUUGCCAUGAUCUUCUUCAUCUACGCUGUCAUCGGCAUGCAGACAUUUGGGAAGAUAGCGAUGCAGGAUUACACUCAGAUCAACAGAAACAACAACUUCCAGACAUUUCCUCAGGCUGUUCUCCUCCUCUUCAGGUGUGCUACCGGUGAGGCAUGGCAGGAGAUCAUGCUAGCCAGUCUUCCAGGUAAACGCUGCGACCCCGAGUCAGACUACGAACCAGGGGAGGAGUUCAGCUGCGGCAGCAACUUCGCCAUUGUUUAUUUCAUCAGCUUCUUUAUGCUGUGUGCUUUCCUGAUUAUCAACCUGUUUGUUGCUGUCAUUAUGGACAACUUUGACUACCUGACACGUGAUUGGUCGAUUCUGGGGCCACAUCAUUUGGACGAGUUCAAGAGGAUCUGGUCAGAAUAUGAUCCAGAGGCCAAAGGUCGAAUAAAACACCUGGACGUUGUUGCACUGCUGAGGAGGAUUCAGCCUCCUCUGGGUUUUGGGAAGCUUUGCCCUCACAGAGUCGCCUGCAAGCGUCUGGUAGCGAUGAACAUGCCUCUGAAUGCUGAUGGGAUGGUGACCUUCAACGCCACGUUAUUUGCUCUGGUUCGCACUGCACUUAAAAUCAAGACUGAAGGUAACCCUGAGCAGGAGAACGAGGAGCUGAGGGUGAUCAUCAAGAAGAUCUGGAAGAGAAUGAAGCCAAAACUUUUGGACGAAGUCAUACCGCCACAUGAAGAGGAGGAAGUAACUGUUGGGAAGUUUUAUGCUACUUUCCUCAUCCAAGACUACUUCAGGAAGUUCAGGAGGAGGAAAGAAAAAGGAGAUCUGACCGGAGAGAAUGACUCACCCAAUCCAUCUGCUGUCCAGCUCUGUAAAGCUGGUCUGAAGACUCUGCAGGAUCUGGGUCCAGAGAUGCGCUUGGCUCUGAACGAAGACCUAGAGGAGGAGGAGGAGGCCAUGAUGGAGGACGAGGAGAUGGAGGAGAAUGCUGCAUAUAAGGCUGAAAAUGGUUAUGCAGAGAAAGAUCGGCGAGGCUCAUUACUGACACCUACUGGUCAGGGCGGUGUUGUGGGUGACGGCGGCGUCUCUAACGGAGGUCUGAUACACCGGGUCGGGUCUCUCACCAAGAUGGCAAACGGCAGCGAUCAGGACGAACAUCUUCGCCGGGGAGACAGCAUGAGGUCAUCCAUUAAUCGACAUCCCUACCGCCGCUCAUCCGUGAAGAACGGCCUGCUGGACCACGGCCACAAAAGACCGUCAUACUACAAAGGAAGAAGGGACUCGCGGGACAGAUCGUGGAGGAACGGAGACAUGGAGGCUUAUGGAGAGCAGGGUUACUACAGCAGAGAAGAAGACAAUGACAGCAUCACCUCCAGAGACAGACAUUAUCCUGAUGAGCCUCCUCUGUACAGAGACCAUUACGAUGGCCACCCCUCCUAUACCAACAGUAGCUAUGGUAACGGCUACAGCGAGGGGAGGAGGACAACCAGAAGACGCCUACUUCCUGCCACACCCACAGGUCGGAAGCCGUCGUUUAACAUCCAGUGCCUGAGGAGGCAGGGCAGCAGCGACGACCUGCCGAUCCCCGGGACCUACCACCCGACAUCGCCACCACGUCACACGCGCACACAGCAAACGUUCAACAGCUUCGAGUCUCGUCACUCCUCCGGUCGCUCCACGGCGGCCUCCUCGGCAUCCUGGGCGAACCCGUGCCCUCGCCGCGGUCGCCUCCUCUAUGCUCCUCUAAUCCUGGUGGAGGAGGAAGGAAGCCCACCCUGGGGGGGAGGAGGAGGACCUGCGGGUGAAAUAAAGAAGGGAGGAGCAGGAAGAGGUGUCAGCGUGACAGGUGCGGCACCCAGACCAGCCUGGUACGGCGGCCCUGCCGGGACAUCAGCUCCGCCCCCAUACAGGGCAUACACCACCCUCAGAGUCCCCUCUCACCUUGGAGCACCGUUCACUGAGAAAAGAGGGUCAGCUGACAGUCUGGUGGAAGCGGUUCUGAUCUCAGAGGGCCUCGGUCUUUACGCUCGGGAUCCAAAGUUUGUGGCAUUUGCAAAGAGGGAGAUCGCUGACGCGUGCCACAUGACAGUGGAUGAGAUGGAGUCGGCUGCCAGCGACCUUCUUGGCUCAGGGAGCCACAGCUUUCUCAGCAACGCUGCCAGCGACCACGCUGCACUCUACAGUGAUGAGGAGCCAAUCAGGACAGGCCAUGACGAGGAUGAGUUGGCUGAUGAGAUGACCUGUGUGACAUCAUUCUGAGGCUCUGGACCAAUCAGGAUAAAGAUGGAGAUGGGACAUUUGCAAUCAGCAGGAGCCAUGUUUAGAAUUUGACUUCCAGGACACCUAACCAGUUAAAGUUUUGGUGAAUGAGGAGAGAUCGAGGUCACUGUUGAGGGAUGGAUGAAGAGGAUGGAGGCUUCGGGAGAAGGAACGAAAUCAAGGGAGAAGGAAGAAAAUAAAAAAGGAUGGAAAUCUGGAUACAAAGGACAAAUGGAAGAAGGGAAGGAAGAACAAAUGUUAAGAAAGGAUUAAAAAUUUCACAAGUUAGGAAAAAAAUGAAAGCAAGUGGGAAAAUAGAGAAAGAACGAUGAGACGAGAAAGAGAGAUGGACAUGAGUUUGUUUGUUUUAUAAAAAGAAAAUGUUGAUGUGAGAGGCGACUCCUGGUAAUACUCAACUCACCGACUAGCUGAGGGGCAGGAGGGCCUAUAGGCAGACAGGCGCGUGUUUAUGAUUCAACAACACAGCAGCUUCUGGUGACUCCGGGAAUUUUUUGGUGGCCUUUUCGGAGACAAAGUCUCUCUAAAGGUUUAAAAGGUUAAACAGGUUUACUCCAGUUCACUCUGCAUCAAUUCAGAUGUGUGCCAGUGACUCAAACAACAAGGUAGAAAUAAAACUUUUCACUUUUACAACCUGUUUGUCCAAAAUGUCGCCGCCAGCUCAAACAAAGUGAUCCAAUGCCAGCGAGCAUGAAAAAUAUGGAAAUGUGUUGCUCAUAAAAUGUGCUGUAGUAAAAUGAGAGGAAACCAAACACAAGUCCUGAUAUUCUACUUAUUACAUAUUGUUUCAAUGACUGCAGGCAGUUUUUCACAUGACAGUUGGAGUGGUGUGCCAUGUAGAGCCAUAGACUGUAAAUGAAAGAUGAACAGAGCCUCCAUGACAUCAUACACUUGCCUGUGAAGCAAGCCAAGCAGAGCAUUAGUGACUACCCUGUUGUAAUAUCAUUUUUUACUUUAAACCCAUCAGGAAUGUAUGUAAUGAUAAAUUAAGAGAGCCAUAGGGUAAUUCUUCUAUACGGUUUUUUUUAAUGAGGUCAGCCUCCCCCUGGUGGAGAUUAGAAGGAUAAAAUUUGAAUACGAUACAAUUUUAGUGACAUAACACAAAUACAUUUUUAAAAUGGUUUUUAUCAGACUUAAAUGCUCUUUUAACUAAAUUGUGAGUAAACUAGCAAAAGAGAAUAUAAAUGAAUGUUAAUAAUAUAAUUUUUACUAUUAUUUUAUCACAAAGGUUUUAGCUAUUGACAACUGUAAGGCACCUCGGCAUUUUAUGUUACAUUUAGACACAGAAAAUAUACAAAAGGUUAUGAGUGCAGAUACAUUUAGUACCAUAGUUAACCAGCUGAUUAAGAAUUAGCAUUAUGCUGUUGUUAGCCUAAAAUGCAAACUGGAACUUCUGAUAAAAAUUGGCAUGUAAUACUUUGUUAAACACUAAAUUAUACAAUCACUAUCAUGUAUACUUACUAUAUACUUAUAAAACUCUAUAAUACAAGUCAUAAUUUUAUAAAGAUUAGCAAGUUGCUGGGUAGCUAAGCUAAGUGCUGACUUCUGCUAACCACUAACGGUUGCGUACAGAUUUAGUUUAGCGCUAGCUAAUACUCAGUAAUGUUUAAUAAAAACUUUAAAGGGGACCUUUGCUUGUCUUUACUUUCUGUCUUUAGUUUAUGUUAUAUAGUGUCACAGUCAGAUAAAGUUUAAUCCAUGUAACUUCACAGAUAUCUGUUAACAAGAUCCACAGACACACCAAACAAUUAGCAGGAGUACAGUUCACCAGCACUGGUGCUGCCCCUCUUUAGGCUUCCAGAAGUUCCAGGAGCUUCCAGAAAAGUAAGCGGGCAAAAAUGAACAAAGGGACUUAAAAAUGGCCAGUAUUGAUAAAGCUACUCUAAUGCAGUCUCUGAGUAAAGCAGAUGAGCUGGCAAUGAGAAGGCAAGGUUUAUGCAGUAACACAAUAAUGCUAAUAAAAAUAAAGCAACUGAAACAAAUAAAUACGAGCUAGCUGUGUUCCCAUCUUGUUAGCUGAUGAUUUAAUCAUUUGAAUGACAGCAGAAAGAAGAGGUUAAAGUAUAAACUGGAUACAUUUUUUAAUGUUUUGCUGAAAUUGUUGAUCAAAAAAGUUCUCGUGGUAGAAUAUUUUUUUCUUCAGAAGAUGCUCAUGUCAAAACUCCAGCUGUAUGUCAGUGUAAUUAAUAAUCCAUUUGUAUGUUUUUGUAAACAUGAAUUAAAAAAGGAGGAAUUGAAGUAAAAUUAUAAAUAUGGAAGAAUUAAGGGAAAAAAAGUUCAAAAUUCAAUGUGUCAAAGUCAAAGGAGAAUUAUCCUUGAACUUCCAUUGUUAGGUUUGUGCAGUAAGGAAAAUGUGACUGAGGCUGGGAAUGAGACGCUUGUGAUGAAGAAGCAUAAAUAAGUGGAGCGUGAGCUGAGCUUCAUUUAGUUUUCACAGUCAGAUUUCACAGGUUUUAUAUCAGGACUGUUGAUGUGUUUGAUGUUGCUGUUGAAGGAUGUGCUCUGUGACUCGUACAGCUGUGGGGAACAUUUUAUUUCUCAUGUUUCAUUAACGUGUUUUAAUGAAAGUCUUAUCUACACACGAAGACCUGAAAAGACUUUGUUUUUGUCUGUUUUUUUUAUUUGUCAGGAGUGUGUUUGUUCGAUGUAUUCAGCUUUUCUUAUUUCAGAUGUCUGAUAUUUUUUAUUGACUUUCACAGAAAGGACUGGAUUUCCGUUUCAUUCGUGCCGGCCAGCGGUCCAGUGGUGUUUAUGUCUCGUCUAAACUUUUGUGUUUUCGUCUUUUUCUUUUUUCUUUUUUCUUUCCAACAGUUUGCACAGUUUCCCAGCAGUUAAGGGCUUUUAAUUCCACACCUGGAUUUUCUCCUCACACCACCCUCAGACGUUAAACUGCCAUGUUCAGCUGAGAAACAGCUCUGUCUGAACCUUCAUUUACCUCAAAUAAAGACUGAAAACAACCUA